CCCUUCUAUCGAUGCUCUCUGGCAGUGUCGCCGGCAGCCGAAUACGGAAGCAGCUGUUUACAGUACUGAAUGUUGCUGCCCUUCUCCGGUACCGGGACUUUUCACCGGAUUCUGAGUUCGGAUGCUAGGGGAGAUUCAUUUAGAACUGAAGAGGCGCAGUCAGGAUGCAUUCUGGCACUGUUGUAGCUUUGGAGCUGCAGUCAGGAAGUCCUCUACCCAGUGAGAUAAAAGAGUCAACUCAAGGAGUAAGCAUCACUGAAUCGCCAGAUAUUUACACUCCAAAAGCACAGACUUUUGAUCUCUUCAAUUUGGUCAUUUCUUUCAAGAGGAUAGAGAUUUUUCUUGAGCCCGUUACAGAUGCCUGGGAGAUGAUAAAAUAUCUGCUAAGGUGGAGAACACCUGUCUUUUCACUGCUAUGCUGUUUCACACUCAAUGUUAUUUUCCUAACUCUUAAUGAAGUUGCCUGGUUCUCCUUCUCAGUAUUGUGCAUCUCCACUCCAGCAGUCCUUGGAUACUUGCAAGAAUGUGGAAGAGGAAGUCUUCCAGAGCAGCAGUUACAAAGAAGGAAGCAUUACACAGUUGAAAGGCAAGAUCUAAAGACUGUGCGUCUUACUAGGCAGGAGGCUCUAUUAGAGGUGAAAGGCAUUCUGCGGCAACUGGAGGACAUCUUAUCAAGAGCGUGCUUUUCUGCUGUAUCUGUGUAUCGAGUACUAUACUGGGAAGACCAUAGCAUCUCCUUUUUAUUCUAUGGAGGUCUGCUCACAUUAGUCUCUUUGCUCUAUCUGGUCCCAUUUUCCUGGGUUCUGGCUGCUGGAAACACUGCCCUCUUUCUGUGGAACAAAGAUUUUUGGCGAGUUGUUCUAGAGCAUAAGGAGUGUUUUCAUCAGAGCCGACUUCAGCCCACAGCUAGGGAUGCUGAAAACAAGGAGCCAGAACCUACUCUUUUUGUGGAUCAUACUCCAACUCCAACCAGUGUAGAGGAUCACUCUCCCGGAAGUUUUGAGGAGGCAGAAGAAGCAGAGCCUGAUGAUGAAUUUAAAGAUGCAAUUGAGGAGCAGCAGUUAAUUUUACAGGAAGAUGAUGAUGUUCCUCCUGGAGUUGGUGACCUUGAUCUUGGCAUGGCUGAUAAUGGCCUUUUGAGCAGGAAUGAACCAAUCCGGAGUAAAGUGUCUAAACUAACAGAGAAGCUUCGCAAGCGGUAUCCUGCAAACAACUACGUUUACUGUACAUAUGAAAGGUGUCAAGGCUUUGGAAGAAGGAAAAACACAGUUGGAAUAUUCUUUUACAUCUUAAGUCACGGCAAUUGUUCCAGCUGUAAUGCUGUCUUCUCAGUGCUGAAGAAGAGACGGAACUGCAGCAACUGUGGGAACAGCUUUUGUGCACGAUGCUGCUCAUGCAAAGUCCCAAGGUCAUCUAUGGGUGCUACUGCUCCAGAGGCCCAGAGGGAGACCGUGUUUGUCUGCAAUCCCUGUAAUCAGACCCUGAGCAAAAAAGAAUAGGACCUUCUCUGUGUGUAUGUUGCUCUCUCUCCUCAUAACUCCCUCUCUACCUCCUUUCUCUUCCACACUGUUUCUUCUGGGAAUCCAGAAUUAGAAAAAGCUUUUCAGCUAAAGUUGCUUAAUGCUGCAUUUCAUCUUUUGACUCAGGACAGAGGCUGGCUUCUCCUCUAACCAUAAAGGUCAUCCAUACGGUCAGCUCUUUCUUUUUCUUUUUUGGAAAAGGCUGCAGUAAAGCUGCUGGACUGUGAGGGCCUUGAUGUCAUUUCCUUUGUGAAGCCACACUUGUCUGUGGCUAUAUAAGCCACAUGCAUAUAUAUCCCUGGUGGUGACAGCUGUGGGAUGGUUAUUCUAAACACGCCAGAAGAUUUCUUUUUAUUUAUUACAAAGGUUUUCAAAAAUAUUAACAAGAUGUCUUCACCAUAAUGAUUUAUUGCUUUUCUGUAAAUGAAGCAGUCAUAAAGUAGUAGUUGCUGUUAAAAUGUCACUGAUCCAUAAAGAAAGUAGUUCCAAGUGUACAUGUAAAUAUAACAACUGCUCAAUCACUCUCUCAUUUGAAUGUUGUGCUGCUUGUGUGCUUUUCUGUUGGGGAGCCACUGUCUUUAUCUUGCUGUAUUUUACAUUUUUCUUCCUUUUCAGUUGUAUCUUGACAUUCUAAAAUAACUUUGAAGUUGUCAACACUGAGAGUGCUAGGUGUGAGAGACAUCAUCACAGAUCCUGUCAAAUUCUGUUAACUGUGUAAGGAAAGUUGGAAAAUGUAAAGUUAAGCAGUACAGAGUUUCAGAGUGAAGGAUGAGCAUUUAGGUUUGGCAGACAUUAUUACAUUUUUACCUAUGCCUAUUUAUUUUGCUUUUAAGGGUUGUUUCCUUUGUGUAUUUUAUUGUUAUUGUCUGUCAACAGAUGCUGUAGUCUCAAUAAAAACACACAGAUGGUU